AUGGUGAAAAGGAGCUCUCUGGAGAUAGAAGGGCUGCCGACCCGGACUCUGACCGUGACCGUGACCCCGGUGGAAACUACCAAGGGCUGCUCACCCUAUGCCACAUCUGACUUGUCCACACGGCCAAGUCCUGAUCGGGAGCUCGCUCCUCCACGAGGACUCCUCCACGAUGCUGCUCCUGAGGCCCUACCUACAGGCCCGGGCUCCCGGCUGCUGCGUUUUCAGCUCGGCCCUUCGCUCCCUCCGCGCCUGCAAGUAGGCGGUACCGCGGGCGCCGGCGGGCGAGCUUCCCCCACGACCCCCGGGCCCCACCCGGACCGCGAGCGCCCCGCGGGGCGCCGGCCACUGCCCCCUCCUCCCCAGGGGCGGCUCCGGGGCCCGGCGGGGUCGGACCACACGCGGCGCGGGCCGAGCGCGAAGCCGCCAGCUCCCGGCGCAGCUUGGCUUCCCCGCGGGUCGCUCCGGGCCAGGCCGCGUCCAGCAGCGCCCGGGGCCGCCUCCGCAGGGACGCACGAGCCUCGGCCCCGGCCCCCGCCCCUGCCCCCACCCCAGCCCCGGGGGGACCCCAGGCCGCUGACCUCAGGCCGCUCGGCGCCCGCCGGCUGCAGGACGCGCGCAGGGCUCAGCCACGCGCACGGCGCCAGCGCCCAUCCGCCCCCGGCCCCUCCCCCGCACGCCGCGCGCUCCAGCACCCCCGGGGACGCCCCGGACGCGCAGGCGCCGCCCCGCUCCGCGCACGCCGAGGCCAGGGCGCCACCGCCGGCCCGGGUCCCUCCCUCCUCCCCGGCGGGGGCUCGGCUCCGGCCGCGCUCCCAUUGGCUGAGGCUGCGCCGCCGCCCAGGCCCCGCGUCCCCGCCGCGCCCCGCAGCCCCGGGCCCCAGUCCGGCCCCCAGCCCGAGACCUACCCCUUGCGGGGCGUCGGCCUCCAGCGCCAACCGCCUUCGGGAGCGGCCGGGCUCGCGCGCGGCGGAGCAGGCUUUGAAGCAGAAACAGCUGGUGGAGAAAUACUCCCCUCUUCCCGUCUUCCGACGGGACAGUUCUGAGAGUAAGCCGAUUAUUAACCCGGAAGAGGCAUCCCUGCCCACCUUUCAGGGUUAUUCUCAGCAGACCUUUCGCAACUGCCCUGCCCUCGAGGGCCUCACUAAGGAGCUCUCAGAGACAGGCAGGAAGUACUGGGGCUCCCAAGAGAUCGGCUGGGCCAGCCAAGGCCUGGGUCCGGAUCGGAGUGACUGUGGCUUGUCCCCCUCCAGGACUGGGCGGUGUUGGUGGAGAUGGAGAGGCCCGCAGAAGGCAGGCCCCGGGCAGGCCAGCACCGACUCGCUCCCGCAUCGCGGCCCCCCAACCCCGCCAAGGCCGGAGCCCCAGGUGGCGGCCACCGAGGGCGGCGCUUCAGCGGACCGCGGCUGCCUCGUCCCUGCCCGCACCGCUGCCGCACCCCUGCCCGCCUUCCCGCCGGAGGCUCCUAGUCUCCAGGGCGCGGGGACGGGUGCGCUGCUGCUGCGGCUGGGUGCCGGGCGCCCAACAGCACCCCACACCCCGCGCCCGGGCGCCCGCGGACCCCACCAGCCAGCCGGGCCCGCAGGCUUCCGGGGCUCCAGCGCGCCUCCCGCAGGGCCCCCCCCCGCCACCCCCCGCAGCGCCCCCUGCAGCCCCGUGCUCCCGCCCCCUGGGCCCCACGCAGCGCCGCCCCCGCCACCCCCAGCGCCCCCUGCAGCCCCCUCCACGCCCCCGCCCCUCCCCCCAUACACCCCGCCCCUCCCCCCCGACGGCGCCCGGGGGCCGCGCCCGAGCGGGGUCCGCCUUGGCGUCGACCCGGGAACCACCACGCGAGGCCGCUCGUCGGCGUCGGGCGGGGAGCAGGGCAGGACGCGGGCUCGGGGCGCCCUGGGAGGGGAGCCCGCCUCGGCCGGCGCCCCAAGGGGAGCCCCCGUGCCCCUGGUCCCUGCCCGCGGGACGGCCCCGGCGGCCUCGGGGGAGGACACGGGGGACCGCGCCCCGCCCGCGCUGCCGGCCCGAGCCUGCGGGGCCCUCGGGACCGAACUCCGCGCCCCCCCCUGCGCCCUGGACCCCGGGGCCGGGCCGGGCCGACCCCCCGACCCCCGCGUGGUCGCCCUCGGGCUUCCAUCCCCGCAGGCUGCUGCCUGCUCGCUUUUCAGCACGUGCAUUGUGUGA